AUGACAAGAGAAGGAUGUCAUAAAUUGGUCGUCCCGUCGACCGGCAAAUUACUAGUUGAAUAUCCUCCGCAAGACGGCGAGGUGAGUACUGUCAAUGUAUCAAGGGAGGUAGUUCUCUCCGUAGGCGCCCUCAAGACUCCCUUCAUCCUUAAGCACUCCGGAAUCGGACCCAAGAAGGAGCUGGAGAACUUCGACAUCACGGUUGUUAAGGACUCGCCUGGUGUUGGCGAAAACUUCCAUGACCAUCCGAACUUUCCUGUAAGCUUCACCUUGAACGACCUCGACGAAUACGACGACAGCUGGGCUGUUGCUGCUGAGUACCUCACGUUCCGAACCGGGCGUUUGUCAUCCACUGGACUGACUCAGGUUGUAGGCGUCUUGCCGAACAACGAUACCACUGAUGAAUGGCCCAACGUACAGCUCAAUCCUGCUGGUUACCAGUCAGGUUGCGCUCCUGGUGAAAUCGACGCCCUUAAAAGCUCAGGAAAACGUAACGUGAGCAUAUCCGUUGGAUGGCAGCACCCCGUCAGCAGAGGAAACAUCACCCUGCGUUCGAGCAACGUCACUGACAAGCCCGUCUUCUGGGGAAAUUUCCUGGGUGAGCAGAAAGAUGUUGAUGGUUUGGUCAGCGGUGUCAACUUGGCUUUGAAAUUGGCUGAAACUGACGCCUUGAAGGCCUGGAAUCUAACUUUGUCCACCACGACACUUUCCGAAUGCGCAGACUACGAUUACCCUAGUGACGAGUAUUGGGCUUGCGCUGUCAAGUACGACACUGCUUUUGGACAUCAUUACUGUGGUGCCGCCAAGAUGGGCAAUUCCUCCGAUUCCAUGGCAGUCGUCGAUCCUCAGCUACGCGUUUCUGGAAUCAGCGGACUUCGUGUUGCCGACGCAUCUGUCAUGCCACAAGUCACAUCAAACAACAUUGCGGCACCCGUAAUGAUGAUUGAAGAGUGAGCUGUCGACUUUAUUAAGAAAACCUGGGCCUAGUAAUUUUGGCCGUGGCAUAGAGACUCUUGUGAAUAUUGAUUAUCUGUAAUGAAACCAUGUAAAAAAAAGUAAAAUUUUAAAUAAAGGCUUGUGUUCGUUACGGAUCUGCGAAGUUUGCCGUUAUUUU